ACACGUUGGAGGGAGAGAAACCAUAAAGGGAGAGGAGGACGGAAAUGGAAAAGGAGUGGAUAUCCUUCCGGUGCUGGUGCUUUCUUGUGACAGAACAACUGUCAAAAGGUGUUUGGAUCUUCUCAUCAAGUAUCGCCCAUCAAUGGAACAUCAUCCUAUUAUUGUAUCUCAAGACUGUGGACAUGAACAAACAGCGGAAGUGAUACGUUCAUAUGGAAAUCAAAUCAAAUUUAUACAACAGCCAGAUCUGUCUCCAAUUGUAAUAGAUGGUCAUGUGAAGAACAAAUUGCUGACAGGUUACUACAAGAUCUCUAGACACUACAAGUGGGCUCUUUCUCAAGUCUUUGAUGUCUUUAACUACAAGGCUGUUAUAGUAGUAGAAGAUGAUCUUGACAUUUCUGUCGAUUUUUAUGAAUAUUUCACAGCAACUCGUCACGUUCUAGAGGAAGAUCCCACUCUAUGGUGUGUAUCAGCAUGGAAUGACAAUGGCAAGCAGAAUUUUAUUGACACCACUCGACCAGACCUUUUGUAUAGAAGUGAUUUCUUUCCUGGUUUGGGCUGGAUGUUGACUGUGUCUGUGUGGAAUGAAAUGAGAGAUAGGUGGCCUAAAGCUUUUUGGGAUGACUGGAUGAGAGAAUCUGCUCAAAGAAAAGGAAGAGCGUGUAUUCGUCCUGAGAUUCCACGUACAGACACAUUUGGUCGUAUUGGAGUUAGCAGGGGACAGUUUUUUGAUAAACAUUUGAAGUUUAUUGUUCUAAAUUCUCAACCUGUGUCGUUUAAUGACAAGGACAUGUCGUAUCUUAUGAAGGAUACGUAUGAUCGUCAAUUUUAUAGUGAGGUGUACCAUACACCUCUUGUGUCUGCAGACCAGCUGUUAUCAGGCUCUGUAGAUCGUACAGUUCGGGUUGAGUAUAAGAACAAUGCAGAGUUCAUGCAAUUGGCACAGAGAAUUGGAAUCAUGGCAGAUCUCAAGGACUUUGUUCCUCGUACAGCAUAUAAAGGGGUCGUCAGUUUUAUGUUCCAUUCUCACAGAGUUUAUCUAACUCGACCUGAAGGGAGAACAGAGCACUACACUGAUAAACCAAAGAUAAGAGUGGCAUAGACAGAGCGUUUUGAUAUAGAGGAAUUUGUACUGUUUCUAAUGUUUGAUACAUGUAAUAAGAGAGUACGAUGUAAAACUGCACAACAUACACGACAUGCUGUUGAGUUGAAGGGUGUGAAGGUAUCGUUCCACAAUUGGAAAAGUCUUGACCACAUGUAUUGAGAGCUUGGCAAUAUGAAAUAGCUCUGUCGCCAUUGAGAAUGGGAGAUCUCUUGUCAGGCAUAAACCCAAACAAGAGAUCUCCAGAAUGACUAACCCAGCAUAUGGGUUUUGAACAUUGUAUGUUAGUGUGAGAUGUUGCUACUCACAAAGAUUCUGCUACUGCUGGUGACAGUACCAGGCUAAACCUGCUAGAUCUAAUAAUCUGCAAAGUCAAAUGUUUGAUAAAUGGAAGUACUGUAUUCAAGUUCAGAUUGGCAAUGGUACGUCUAUAUUUGUUGUUUAAUAAUAGAUGCCUGACUUACAAAUUUUCUGCAUUGAAUAUGGUUUCAAACGUAAGGUCCAGACCUCUCAACUUUCAUAAUUUCACCUUGAAUUUUACGGUUUAUGACAUCUCACGUGGUCUUACUGUGAAACCUAAUUUCUCAUGUUUACUGGCUUGUCACAAACUGUGCUCAAUUUGGCUUGUAGUAGGCUUGUAGGUAUUAAUGUAAUUUGGCUUGUAGUAGGCUUGUAGUUAUUAAUAUCUACAUUAGAAUUUAUUACACUAGGCUUGCACUAAGGCAAAGUGCACGGACGGAAAGGUCUGGGAAAUUGCUGUCUUUGUACACAUGUAACUGUUCUCGUGCUACAUUUCAGUUAUGAUUGAGUUAGAUGUAGGUGAUGUGUUGGGGGCUACUAUGUAGUGAAUCUAAGAGGCCAAGAGAUUUAAAAGACACUUUGAGUACAUCAAAGGGACCUUGAAUGGGUAGUUAAUUGUCAUGUGAGAUGCACUCUGCUUGUGAGUCUUGAGUAUUUAAAUUUAAUUAUUUUAGUACUAUUGAAUUAGCAGACUGUGAUGAAGUUGCCUCAAGCUC